CCAGCAUUUACCUCGUCCUUUCGUCGAGCAAGUUGGCCUGCUUUCGUUUCACGCCCAGACCAAGUUUCCUGGAAGCUAACUGCCCUUCCAGGAAACUUCCGUGUGAACGGGUCCUCGGCAACCGGGCUAGGCUUCUACAUCCAUACCAAGCAGGGCGAACCACCUGAAGCUUCGAAAAAAAUGGUCUUCAACUGUAAAGGGUUUUACUUCGAUGAAGAAAACCAGGAGGCAUUGCCCAAAAGUUCUGCUGGGAAACGAGCAGAGGAGCUUCCUGCCGCUGAGAAGAGCAAAAGAACCAGAGGCAGCAGGGCGAAGCGAGUAGUGCCAGUGGUGAAUGACAACACUGAGUCGAGGCAGCAAGACUCUGAGAAUUCUGAACUCUCCUUGCCUCAGCUUGAAGGUAACUAUGGCAGUGACUUCACGGAACCACAUCAGAAGAUAGAGAACUCAGGGAACCAAAAGACUCAGAAAGAGCAUUCAAGUCCGCUGCAUUUGAGAGUUGGAAUGCAUUGCAAGUGUGAUGGGUGCGCCCAAAAUAUGAAGAAAAUCUUCAAGAAAUUUAAAGGAGUUGGCACGGUUAAGAUACAUAGAGACAAGGAGCUAGUAGAAGUGACAGGAAUAAUGGAUACCAACAAACUCGUCGUCUACCUUGAAGAGAAGCUCAGGAGGGAUGUGGAAGUGAUGCCCAUUCAAAACAAUGAAAAAGGUGCCAAUCCCACUCAAAAACACGGAGCAGGUGUUAGGCACAUUACAAACAUAACUGACAAUGCCUCAAGGGGAAAGGAGGUAUACCCAGCUGUGCGGAAGCUUGAGGAGCAAAAUCUUGAGAAGACUGAGCUGACAUCUCCUCAGCCUAGGAGAAGGGAUAGGAAUUGUAAUGAGGGAACAGGUAUGGUGCUUUUGAAGAUUGGAACAUACUGCCUUGAAGGAUGUAUUCAGCAAACACUAGAAACUAUAAAGAGACUUCAAGGAGUUGAAUUAGUCAAAUUCAACAAAAGUAAGGAUCUGGUGAUCGUGGCUGAUGCAACUAACGUGAAAGAACAUGUAGCCUAUCUGGAAAAGAUGCUGAAACUAAGAGUGGAGAUUGUUUUUGCUCCAAAUGAAGAUGUUACUGGUGACAAUAAAGAAGUAGAGGUAACUAAAACAGAGACUCUUAAAGGGCCUGCAGCUGCUCGUGAAGAUGGUAGGAACAAGGAUGUAAAGAUCAAAAGGGAAGUUAGGAAGGAAGCUAAGGAAAUACGGAUCAAGCAAAAAGUUGAAGACAAGGUCAAAGAGGCCAAGGGACAUGGCUAUGUAUCUCACGUUGGGGAAGCUGAUAGGCAAACUAAAAAUCAACAACCUUGUUCUAGCGAUUGUUGGACUAACAUGUUCAGUGAUGAAAACCCCCAUUCAUGCGCAAUCAUGUGAAGGCUAUGAUCUUGGGUGUUUGAUAGAUAUUAUGAAGAUCCAAAGCGUAAGGUAUAUGUGGGUCAAUAAAGAGUGAGGAAACAGAGAGAUUAUUCAUGAAGACAUUGUGCAUUUUUAUGUGAAAAGGGGAAAGAAUGUAAAAGAUUGGAACGGAUUUGGUGCACAGGGAUGUUUUGCAUUGAAGUUGCAUGAUGGGGUCUACUUCUUGUGGAAGGCACUUGAUACUUGAGAAAUAACAGCAGAAGAGAGAUGUGGCUUUUUCGGAAUUACAGGUCUUUAAACAAUUUUGGUUGUUGGUAUUUGAUUGUUCUGUUUUGCAAGUGUGGAAAUUAUAUGUUCUGUAGCUUGUUCUUCACUCUUUAUAUGAACCGAGAUCUUUAUGUAGAUGGGUUCUGGGCACAGAUUGCACCUUUUGGUGCCUUAAAACGAUUCUUUUCUACUUUCCCUAUUCCUCUUUUGUAUUCAUUUGGUCCAUUAGAAAGUAUGCAACAGAUGUCACAAUGCAAUGCGAUUCCAA